AUGGCGACGCCUGAGCCACCAAUGAUGCCGGGCGGCUAUCCAAGCUUUCCCCAGGAUAACUCUUCUGGUCAGUACCCUCCCGAGUACUAUCAACAGCACCAACCACACCCUCCACAAUCUCCAUACGCUCAGACAAAGCAGCAGUACCCAGAACAAGCCCACCAGGCUCCUUACUACGCUCAACAACAGCCACCACCUCCUCCACCUCUUCCUCCUCACCCCCCUCAAGGGCAAGGAUACUACCCUCCGCCUGAAAAUGUCCCGCCAUCAUCCCCUCCGCCCAAUCAUGUACCACCCGCAGACCCUCAGGGGUUGUAUCACUAUCCGCAGUCAAACGACCCGGCGACAUACCAAAACGGCCAUCAAAACGUUGACGUUCAGGGUCUUGCACCUGCGGUGUACUGGCAGCCUAUGCCACCGGACGUCCAUCACCCCCCUGUCCCUCCGCCUCCUCAUCAGCCCGGCCAUGUACCGCCCCAGCACUAUUCAGGUGAUGGGCUGCGACAGCAGUAUCGUUAUCAUCAUCACCCGCACGACUCGUAUGAUCCUUGGCAAGGAACGCCUCCUCCGCCACCACCUCCAGCACCGGUCCCGCCCUCUUCACCACCUCAGCAGCAGCAGCAUAAAAGCCGAGCGAACGAGAGGGAGGAAAGGCAGUAUAAGCAGGUUAAAAGGUACAAAGAGCCUAAAGAGAAAGAAUUACCUCAGACUAUUCAAAUCAUCACUCAAGGCGGACAGGACGCCAGCUCCUCUUCAUCGUCCUCGUCAAACAAGAUGGCAGACCAAAUGCAAAUGAUGAUGAUGAACCAGAUGAUGAUGCAGCAAAUGCAAGGCCAACAAAUGCAAGUUGCUCAAAUGGCUGCUAUGACUCAUCAGACUUUUACGCAAACCGUCCUGUUAUCGACUGCUUUUGCCGAUAAUGGAUUCAUAGAUCCCAAAGAAGGGAAUGGGACUAUGCUCACUUACGCGUUAUGGACCACGCCAGCCAACCUCGGUGAACCUCUCAAUAUCAUUAUCUCCAACCUAUCCUCCCCCCGCGUCCUGGCCGAGACGAUGUUUGAAGGUGGACUCUACAACUAUCUAGAGGCAGCAGGGUUUGGCGGGGAGUGUAUGGGGCUGCAUUUGGGGGACGCACAGCAAGUCAAUCUGGGAGAUGGUAAUAAGAAUCCGAAGAGGCUCCAGCGCGACUAG